GUCAUAGUUUCCCGGAAGGCUUGUUUAACUUUAUAUCGGGAUUUUGUAUGAAACACGCAUUGUGGUAUGUUGGAUAUUCAAGUACUUUUAAAAGAACAUGGAAACUCCUUUAUCUCCGAGAGAAUCUGGAGAGUACAUACACGAAAACAGUAAAGAUGUAUUUAUUAAUGAAGAAGGUGUUAAGAGGAUCGCUGAGUUGCUGUAUGCUAAAAAAGGCACUGAAGAGCUCAGUGUAAAUGGCUGGAAAUAUCAGAAUCCAUUAGCCCCUGCAAAUACUGAUGACAAUGCCAUUAACUGGGUGUAUGUGGUUGACACCCUUAACUUUUCCUUCUGGCCUGAUGAUGACAAUAAGCCCUGUUUAGUAUCUUAUAAGGGCAAAACAUACAGUGGGUAUAUGGCACUGUGUGCAGCUAUUACAAGAGCCUUGGAUGAAGGUAUUCCAAUCACAGAAGCAUCUUACUUUGCAAAUAUGACUCUGGAUGAGUUGAAACAUGUCUUGCGCUCAGACAAUGAUGUGCCAAUGCCCAUGAUUGAAGAAAGGCAUCGUGUUCUUAAUGAGAGUGGAAAAAUACUGCUUGAACAUGGAGGCUGCCUGCGAAAGUUUUUGAGCCAAGGUGGCAGAAAAGCUCAACAGCUGAUAAAGUUUAUUGUGGACAAUGUGCCAUCUUACAGAGAUGAAGCAUGUUUUGAGGGUAAACGAAUUGCAUUUUACAAGAGAGCUCAGAUCCUUUUGGCAGAUUUUUGGGGAAUAUUAGAAGCCAAAGGAGAGGCUGCCCUUCCUGACAUAAAUUAUCUUACCAUGUUUGCUGAUUACAGAGUUCCUCAAGCACUGGUAUAUUUUGGAGCUCUGCAAUACUCAGAUAAGCUAAUGAAAACCCUCAAGGAAGGUGUGAUUUUGCCUCCUGGAGAUCAUAGAGAGUUGGAAAUCAGGGGUUGUUCCAUUUGGUGUGUUGAGAAAAUUCGAGACUGCUUAUGGGAUAUUAUUGAACAAAAAGAAGGGCAGAGAAGUGAGGACAUAAAUUCAGUCAUUAUUGAUUUUUUCCUUUGGCACUAUGCUAAAAGGCACCAGGAGGAAAUGGCUCAUAUACCAAUCCAUCAUACCAGGACCAUUUAUUAUUAGUAUAAAAGGCAAUAAACCAACCAGUCAACCACAUUAUUUUUGCUUAUAAUGCCAUUUGUAAUAAAUGCUGUAAGAUUUGUAUUCAA